AUGGCACUCCUCCAGCGCCCACCCCUACCGCCAAUGUCCAGCCCAGAAACCCCACGACCCCCCUCCUCCUCCACCCGCACGCGCAACCAACUCAACAUCUUCCUAACCGGCGCCGCCCUCCUCACCCUCUCCUCGCUCCUGACACGUCGCUCCCUCCACCUCCGCCGACGAUCCAUCAUCCCCCGCUUCUACCACCCCUCCAACCAACACCCGUCUUUGAAGAUCGACGGCCGGUUGGAAGCCUACCAAGCGCUCGGGAUUGCAACGGUCAAUGUUGCGAGUUUUUUCACCAUGGCGGGAGGGGGUUUGCUGUGGGCGUUUGAUAUCGGCAGCGUGGAGGAUAUCGGGAGGAGGGUUGGGGGCGGGAGGGGAGGAGGUGGGAAAUGGAGGGGGAGGGGAGAGAGGGGGGAGGAUGAGGAGGAGUUUGAGAAGUGGGUUGCUUCGUUGACGGGGAGGCAGACGGCGGAGGAGAGGAGGUGGAGUGCUCGAGGACCUGAGGAGGAGGAGCGGGCGAGGGAGGAGGGGUAUGCGGUGGUGGAGCCGCGGGGUAUGAAUGAGAGGGGAAAGCCAAGAUGA